AUGGCGACACAACCACCCCCAGAAACGGCCAAGGCCCUUGACGCCACGGUCCUAGAAGCCAAAGAGCCCUCCGUUUCGUCCCAGGACCUGUCCACGACCGAAAGCAGCGGGAAAACCGUCUUCGACAACCGCACCGAGUCCAUCGCGCCCACGGCGGACGAAGCGCAGCCGGCUGCUUCCACGACCAAAGAAUCCGCCGACGAACCCGCGCCGGACGAGUCCGCUGAGAAGCAGGUCUACGACUGGCGCUUUUAUGCCAUUUUCGGCGCGCUGGUGGCUGCAACCCUCCUAAGCGCGCUCGAUGGCGCCAUUGUUGCCGUCGCGCUACCUACGAUUGCGGCGACCCUUGAUACGGGACCUGACUAUGUAUGGGUGGCCAAUGUGUAUUUUCUUACUGGAGCCGUAUUCCAGCCUCUCUUUGGCCAAAUGUCCGACCUCUGGGGCCGACGAUGGGUCUUCAUCGCCAUCCUAGCCAUAUUCGUCCUCGGCAGCGGUCUUUGCGGCGGCGCCAACUCUUCUGAAAUGUUAAUCGCCGCACGUGCCGUCCAGGGCAUCGGCGCCGGCGGCAUCAACAUGAUGGUCGACCUCAUCGUCUGCGACCUCGUGCCCAUGCGCGACCGCGCCAAGUUCCUCGGUAUCCUCUUCGCCAUAAUCGGCAUCUUCACCGCCGUGGGACCCCUCAUCGGCGGCGCCCUCGCCCAAUCCGGCCAGUGGCGCUGGGCCUUUUACCUCAACCUGCCCAUCGGCGCCAUUUGCAUCGUCGUCACCUUCCUCUUCCUCCACGUCAAGAGCCGCGUGGACGGCACUUUUCUCGGCAAGGUGCGCCGCAUCGACUGGGGCGGCGUGACGAUUUUGACCGUGUCCUGCAUCGCCGUCAUGUAUGCCGUCACGUACGGAGGCUCGCUCCGCUCCUGGCAGGAUCCCUCCGACGUCGGCCGCCGCGUUUGCCAUUACCUUUUGCACUCCAUCAUGGGUCUCUACAGUGUUUACGUCUUCGCGCUGUACUUCCAAGCCGUCGUCGGCGCUAACCAAACCCUGAGCGGCGUGUAUCUGAUGCCCACCGUCAUCGGCUUCCCCGUCUCCGUCUUAAUCGGUGGCACGCUGACGACAAAGUUUGGCCGCUACCGGCCCAUCCACCUCGUCGGCUUCGCCUUCAUGACCUUGGGCUGCGGUCUUUCCUCCAUCCUCGGCGUGAAUUCUCAUCCGGCUCUGUGGGUGUUUUUCCAGCUCUUUAUAGCCAUUGGCAACGGCCUACCCAUGGCUUGCAUCCUACCUGCCGUCCAAGCGCGGCUGAAAGAGGCCGAUGCCGCUCUGAGCACCGGCACCUGGGCGUUUAUCCGGAGUCUCGGUGUGAUUUGGGGCGUGACCAUCCCAGCCGCCGUCUUUAACAAUAGGUUUGACCAGCUGCUCCACACUAUUGAUGACGAAGAGGCGCGCAGGCAGCUGAGCGGCGGCCAGGCGUAUGCGCACGCCACCGCGGAACUCGUCAACUCGUUUGGCGGUUCGGUGUCGGACCAGGUGAGGGAGGUGUAUGCGCAGAGUAUCCAGAGAGUAUGGCAUAUUGCUAUUGUAUUCGCCGGGGCUAGCUUCCUCUUAUCGUUGGUGGAGAGGGAGAUAUCGCUGCGCAAGGAGCUGGAGACGGACUUUGGGCUGGAGGAGAAGAAGGUGCUCGACGACAAGGUAGCUCCGUAG